AUGGGCGACCAAAAGACACUCCAGGUUCCCCAUUUGGGGGGAAUCACUGUGGGAUACCAGAUGCCACAGCCCUAUGACCCUUCAAAGCCGACCCUUCUGAUGAUCAAUGCGUUUACGAUGACCUCGGAGCUAUAUCGGCCUCAAUUUGAUGACACUGAGCUCAGCGGAGCAAUGAACCUGCUAGCGGUCGAGCUGCUGGGUCACGGUCAGACCAGAGCCACACGUAGCCAUUGGACAUAUUGGGACACUGCCGAGAUGAAUCUGCAGGUGCUGGAUGCUUUGGGGAUUGAGAAGGCAUUUGUGUUGGGCACAAGCCAAGGAGGCUGGGUGACGGUACAGAUGGCACUGAUGCGACCGGACAAGGUUGCUGGAAUCAUCCCGAUGGGCACAUCGAUGGAUUCAGAAUCUGAGCGAAGCCGUCAAAUGCAGUGCUGGGAUGGACCGAGCAUUGUGAAGAGCUUUUUGCUCCAAUGGGCCACCACUCAACCGACAGUGAACUUUGACCCCGGCGAUGAUUAUUGCGAUGCUGUUAUCAGUAUCGGAUUCAAUGAAUGUUCGUCAGAGGUGAGAGAGUUCUGGCGCGGAGUGAUCAAAGCCACCUACCAGGGCGAAGAAGGCAGACAACGCAUUCGCAUGGCAGCAAUUAACCUGGCCGAGCGUGACGGAUUACGGCUUCGAUUGCCGGACGUGGCUUGCCCAGUCCAUUGGUUGCAUGGAACGAAGGAUGCGGUCUUUUCAGUAGGAAAUGCCGCGGAAGAGAUCAAGAUGUUUACAGGAUCGCCUGAUGCUCAAUUGACGAAGAUAGAGGACGGCGCGCAUUUUUUGAGCGCUUCGCACCCGAAAGAGGUCAACGUCAUUGUCCUGAAGUUUGUCGCGAAGUGCAUGGCCUAA